CUGACAUCAACGGGUGAGAACCUCCAAGCUAAACACACCCUUCACGCCAUACCGGAAGUGACGAACGUGAUGCAGCGCAUUGGCUGGUCAUGACAUGAUGCGAUCGCAACUGCUUGCACAUCGUAUGUGACACAGCAGCUCGCCGAAAGCAUCCCCGUCCAACCACUCGAAAGACCUCCACCUCCAACCCAGCUCCGAUGGCGGUUCACCCGCCCGGCCGCUCACGCCGCUCCGACUCCAUUCAAGUGCACGUGGCACUGGAAGAGCCGCCGCGGAAGAAGCGCAGGUACGUCAGUGAAGUCCCUUUGAGAGGAGGAAGGGGGCGAUCAGCAGGGGCGGAGAAGGAGCAGGUCACGAAUGAGGUGGACGCCGAGGAGGAUUCUGGAGAUACAGACGCGCAUGCACUGGAGAGAGCAGACACACUGGACUUGGCACAAGCGAACCAGAUGCUGGGCGACGACGGCAAUACAGCUCCUGCAAGGCGGUCAGCACCCGUUGGUCGCCCAAGACGUGAUCGGUCUGGUAGACAUGGGCGCCAGCCUGCUACGCCUCGAAUGAGAUACAGCAAUGCUGCUGCCGCUGCGGCGGCCAGUCAAGCUAGCGAUUACAAGCCGCGAGAGGAGAAGUCGUACACCGAGUUCCACGAGAACCUCGAAUUCUACAUCGGCCUGCCAAUAUUCACCGCAGAUGAGGUGGACGGCAGGACUACGAAGAAGGAUCUCAAAAUCACAUUGAACGACAGCAAAGGAUUGCCAAACGGCGACGUUGAGAUGACGGACGCUGAUACCGCCGUCGAGCCCGCCGAGAACAUCGUGACGCCUGUUAAACGCAAGCCAGGACGACCGCCACGUCGACCAGAAUCGAUGCUCCAUGGCCUGGGCUCUCCACCCGCGCCACGCAUCAUGCCCCUACCAACACACAACCCGAAAGAGCGACUCAACCUUCCCAAGCCCUCGUUUCGACAAUUCAACCAUUUCCUCCAGUACGAGGAAGACCAGAAAGAGAACAAGAUCAACUACGUCGAUCGCGGAAUGGCAAACAUUGGCUACCAGGAGAGUGAUCGGUUUGAGUUGCCCGGCAAAGCGUUGGUCAGGUACAACGAGGCCAACCAAGUUGAGGACGAAGCAGAGGUGUCACUGAGACUGGAAAGCGAUGGUCCGGCCGAAGUCAUCGCCGGUGUUCAAGUGGUUGGACGAGUGGAAUACGACAUGGAUGAACAGGACGUGGCAUGGCUGGAGGAAAUCAACGAGCAGCGCAAGACGGAAAGCCUGGAAGCCAUCAAGCCGUCGGUCUUUGAGAUCACCAUGACUCAAAUCGAAAAGGAAUACCACGCGCUGGAGAAACGCAUCCCGAAAGCACAGCCCCGGCACGCUCAAAUGCAUAGGCCGCGUUCGAGCUCGCAGGCGGCCGUUAACGGCGAUCCCAACCCGGCGGGCGAUGAGCCAGAUAGCAAAUGCGCCAUUUGCGACGACGGAGAUUGCGAGAAUGCCAAUGCCAUCAUCUUUUGUGAUGGUUGCGACCUGGCCGUUCACCAAGAAUGCUACGGCGUUCCCUUCAUUCCCGAAGGACAAUGGUUCUGCAGAAAAUGCAAAGAGAUUGGACGAGGCACGCCGACAUGCAUCUUCUGCCCGAAUGUAGACGGAGCGUUCAAGCAGACUAGCACGCUGCGCUGGAGCCAUCUGUUAUGUGCCAUCUGGAUUCCGGAGAUCACCAUCGCCAACAUCACGUUCAUGGAGCCGAUUACCGACAUCGACAAAGUCCCCAAAAGCAGAUGGAAGCUGCACUGCUACAUUUGCAACCAGAAGAUGGGCGCGUGCAUUCAAUGCGGAAACAAGAAUUGCUACCAGGCUUUCCACGUUACUUGUGCCCGUAAGGCGAAGCUGUUUCUGAAGAUGAAGUCUCCGCAUCAGCAAGGUAUUGAUCAGUCGGCGCUCAAGGCUUUCUGCGACAAACAUGUUCCCCCGGAUUGGAGGCGAACGCACGACACGGAUCAUGCGAUUGUGGAAGCAAAGCGAUGGUACAAGCACGCGAUGAAGGACCGCAAGUGGGCCGACAGCCAGAGUGCGGCGCUUGAGCUCGGCGCCCCGCCUCCACCCGACGGAGGACUGUUCAUCGAGGACCAGCAGGACGACACAAUCGCAGUCACGAAGAAGCGGCGCCAGCCAACGACGAAGAUGAAUUGGCGUCUACCCUCCGGCGCGCCCGUCAUUCCCGCGGUCGUCUUCAACACUGUUGAGGCGAGUCUCGCCCGCUUCUCCGUCCGGAAGCGUAAGGAGUUUGUGGAGAAGGCGUGCCGAUAUUGGACCCUCAAGCGCGAGGCUCGCCGGGGCGCGGCACUGCUCAAGCGCCUGCAGCUGCAGCUGGAGACGUUUUCCAGCAUGGAGAUUACGAGACGGAGCUUUGCGAGUAUGGGCGCCGCGGGCCGCCCGAGAUUGCUUCGACGGAUCGAAUUUGCAGAGAUGCUGCAGGAAGAAAUGCGCCAUCUGACUCAACUGUGCGCUCAGACGAGGGAGCGCGAGAGCUUGCGGUUGCGGGAGGUCGACGUGCUGAGAGAGCUGGUCGACACUGUUUAUUUUCCCAUUCCGGCGCUGCUGGUACCGAUUAUGCAGAAGGCCAGGAAGUUGGAUGAAAAGACGCUCUACUUCAAAGAAGGCUUCGAAGAGCUUGCGCAGCAAGUGCGCGAGCGCUUCUUCACCUCCGUCUCGGACUUUUCGCAAGAGCUUACGCGAGUGGUCGGGAAACGUCUCGCCUCUGACGCCGUGGCCGACCCGGAUCUCGAGACGAUGCGCGACCAGCUGAACGAAUCGCGAACCUCGGCACACCAUCAAACCCUGACGGCAGAACAGAAGGAGAUCAAGAAGCUGGCCAAGCGCAUCCUCCGCGCCGUUAAGGACCCGCUGGAGGAGGCGAUGAGGAAGGAAGCGGAUCUCAAAGGCAAGGAGCGGGAGGAGGAGCUGCGCAAGCUCGAUUCGAUGGGUAUCUUUGCUGGGGUGAGCAAUCCUCCGGAUGGCGAUGAGAGUCCUGUGAAGAAGGGGGCGAAACGGCGCUCUGCUUCGGAUGUCUCUGCUGCUGCUGGUGCAUCGCUCGAAGACGAAGAUGUCGAAAUGGAAGACGCCGACGACGCGGACGAGGAAGUCAUCCAUCUCAAGGUCGCGGGCAAGAACGGCACCAUUGCCAGCAACACCAAGAAGAAGUCGACACCUGCGCGCGCAUCGUCUCGGAAUCUGACAGAGGCGCCGAUCUCUCCUCCCCUCUCCACCGACGCCGCAGACGUCUUCGCCCACGGCGGCAUCCCCUGGUACCUCAAGCCUUUCGACCUCGAAGGCACGACGGUGCACGAAGAGCGCUACACGGGCCGCGAGGUGCUGCGCGCCAUGUCGGAGGAGCUGUCUGAUAUGGAUGAAGUCACGCUUACGGAGCUGGGUGUUGUGGGGGCUGGAGAUGCGGGUGCGAGUGGUGCUGGCAGUGGGAAGAGACAUGCGACGAGGGCGAAGGGGCUUGUGGAGGCUGGGGCGGAGGAAGACGAUGAGGAUGCUACUCCGGUGCAGAAGAAGGGGAAGAAGAGGGGGAGGAGUAAUCAGUGGAGUCGGUCGCGCAGGAUCCGAUAGGGGAGAGAGUAUCGUCUAUCGGUAUGCAGAGAUACUUUCCUGAGUAUGCAUCGACAAGUGAACC